UCUGUCCUGCCACUGUCAAGAUUUUUGACAUCUCACAAUUUGUUGUUUUCUUCUCGUAUAUGCGAAUAAACUCAAGAUUUCCUUGAAAAUCAAAGGAUAAUCCGUAAAAAUGAGUAAAGCCAAAAUUCCGCUUCGCGAUAUUUCGCCUAUUAUGCAGGCUUGGAGAAAUUUCCUGCUAGGUAGAAAACAUACCAAUGCGUUGCGAUUUGAACCCCUGGUGUCGGCCAGGACUCAGCCUCCCCCCCAAAUUCCUGAUGGAGUAACACACAAACAUGCUCAUAACUACUACUACACCCGGGAUGGGAGACGUGAAGUUGCACCUCCAGUGGAUGUCACUGUAGCCAAGAAGUUGUUGGAAGCUCCCCCUGAGAAAGGAGAGGCGAAGCAAGUAGCAAUUAAACCAAUAACUCCGGGCAAGGUCUAUGAAUGGGACAAACACUAUGUGUAAAAAUUUAGUAAAGAAACUUCAGUUGUUCAUGUAUGUAAUGUUAUAAGUUAAAAUAAUUAUAAAUUAUGUAGAUAA